CAACGAGCAUCUAACGAAGCAAGCAAGAGAAACAGAGAGUGAGGAGAGGGUCGAGCGGAGCAUGGAGCUCGCCUUGGGGGCCAUGGCCGGCCUGGCCCCCAAGCUGGGCGACCUGCUCGUGGCCGAGUACGUCGUGCAGAAGGGCCUCAAGCCCGACAUCGUGUCCCUCUCCGAUGAGCUUGUGAUGAUGCACGCCGCCCUCGUCGAUGCGUCUCGGAUCCCACCGGACCAGCUCACUGAGGUACAAAAGCUCUGGGCACGAAAGCUCCGGGAGCUAUCGCUCGACACGGAGGAUGCCGUCGACGACUUCGUCCUGCGCGUGGCCUGCGGCAACUCUGCAGCCGCGGACACCGACGCCAAUGUCUUCAAGAAGAUCCUUGGCAAGGCCACCGCCCCGAUGAAGAAGUUCAAGGAUCGGCGCCAGAUCUCCGACAGGGUCAAAGACAUCAAGAAGCUCUCCAACGAGUUAGCUGAGCUUCGUGACAAGUACACAGUUAGAGGCCCGGGAGCUGAUCUUGCCGCGAGCACUGGCAUCGACCCCCGUGUCAUCAAUCUGUACAAGAAAGAGUCAGAUCUCGUUGGCAUCGAGGAGUCAAGGGACAAACUAAUCAGGAUGUUGUCAAUAGGGACCAAAGAUGAUGAUGCCAUCCAGAGGCUAAAGAUAGUGUCUGUUGUUGGGGUAGGAGGACUGGGUAAGACUACUCUAGCCAAAACGGUGCAUGACAUGCUUAAGAAACAAUUCAGCUGUUCUGCUUUUAUUUCUGUUGGUAGGACUCCUAAUCUGAAUAGGACAUUUGAGAAGAUGCUAGUGGAACUCGAUCAUCAAAAGUAUAGCCAAGUCGACAUGGCAAGAUGGGAUGCAGAGCAAUUCUCGAAUGAACUGCAUAAAUUCUUGGAGGACAAGAGGUAUUUCGUCGUUGUUGAUGACAUAUGGGAUAAAGGAUCAUGGGAAGCAAUAAGAUAUGCUUUGAAGGACAAUAGUUGUGGAAGUAGAAUAAUCAUGACUACUCGGAAUUCUGAGGUUGUCACCAAAGCAGAAGAGCUGUAUCUACAAAAACAUCUUUCUGAUGAAAACUCAAAGAAAUUAUUCUACAAAAGAAUACAGUGUGAGGAAGGAGAAAGUCUUGAUGUAUCAGGUGAAUUGUCUAGAAAAAUCAUAAAUAAAUGCUGCGGCAUACCAUUGGCUAUCAUUGCAAUAGCCAGUUUAUUGGUUGAAAGACCACGUGAGGAGUGGUCAAAGAUAUAUGACUCAAUUGGUUUUGGGAAUGGAGACAAUACAACAAGGAUACUGGCAUAUAGCUACUAUGAUCUACCUUCUUAUCUAAAGCCAUGUCUCCUGCAUCUAAGCAUAUUUGGAGAAGACUACGUCCUUGAGACAAAGAGUAUAAUAUGGAUGUGGAUAGGUGAAGGUUUUGUCCAUCUUGAGAAAGAGGAGGGUAGCCUAUUUGAGGCUGGAGAAAGAUACUUCAAUGAGCUUGUCAAUAGAAGCAUGAUCCAACCAAUGGGUUACUCAGAUAAUCCGUUAGCACAACAUUUCCGUAUUCAUGAUAUUGUGUUUGAUCUCAUCAACAAGUUGUCGAGAGAUGAAAACUUUGUUACGUUUUUGGGCAGCAAGGAGCAACAUGCAUCUCCAGAUAGAUUAAGAAGAGAGAAGAAAACCAGCAUGCCUCAUUCGGACAGCAAGGUACGCCGGCUGGCUGUCCGAGAUCACCACGUGCAGCGCUUCCCUGAAGACACCAUGGACAUGCCAAAGGUAUUGAGGUCACUAAACAUUAUGUAUAGUGAGAUUGAGAUUAUGACCCCACUUUAUAUCUUCAGAUUUUGUCGUGUGCUAUAUAUACAAGACAGCUAUAAUAACCGGCCGAUCAGUCUAAAGCAUCUAGGGAGGUUGUUGCACCUUAAGUAUAUAGAGAUAACUAACACACUUGUUGAUGAGCUUCCUAAGGAUAUUGGGCGUCUCAAGUCUCUCCAUACACUGAUAUUAGUGAAAAUAGGGGUAGACGAGCUGCCACCGGCUGUUUGUUCUCUUACACAGCUGAUGUGCCUGGCAGCUAUUGCGUUUAGAAGGUUGCCAUCUGACAGGAUGGGGAACCUAACAUCCCUACAGCAGCUGGAGUUGGAUACCGUAGUUGGCCGGAGUGCCGCGAAGGACCUUGUCGUAGAGCUACGCAAGCUGACGAGAUUGAGGACGAUCGCGAUCACUUUCUCCGAAGAACUAGAGGAGACCUUGCAAAAAGCUCUGGUGCAGUCUCUGUGCAAUCUACCGGAACUCCACGGACUACUGCUUAGAUCUUCUCCAGGACUAUUCCAAAAGGGAGCCACUGUGUGGGAAGACUGGGAGCCACCAAUGCAGAUCCGACGCCUGCUUAUAGUAGGCAUCCGCUUCUUGCAGCUGCCUGGGUGGAUCAACCGCUCCCGCCUGCCACACCUCUGCUUCUUAUCUCAAGCCGUGUACGUUGUUGGAGUACAUGACCUAGAUAACCUAGCGAGAUUGCCAGAGCUGAGCUACCUCGAGCUAGGCAGUGCCAGCUGGCCUCCAGGUUAUACCGUUGGUACAGACGGCUUCAGGAAUCUGAGGGUCUGCGCUGUGGGCACAACGCUCAAGUUUCAGAUGGGCGCCAUGCCAAGGCUUGAAGAGCUGCAGUUUACAGUUUAUGCAGGGUAUUGGAGCUGGGUAGACGAUGGUGUGCUGUUGGAGCAGUUGCCAACAAAGGAAGGAAUCGAAGAUCUUGACUUGGGUCUGGAUAACCUCCUUUCACUUGAGCAAGUCACCGUCACAGUCGACUGCUCGGGUGCUACUGCCGCAGAAGUGCAGGAAGUGGAGGCUAUGGUCACGUGUGCUGUGGAAAAUCAUCCCAACCGUCCAACCGUAAAAAUGGAUCGAGUAUGUGAAGGAAGUAUCUUAUCUGAUGAAGACAAGGUGGCUCUACUUCAGCGACACAUUGAAGAACGUGUCAGUGUGCUCGAGUGCAAGGAUGAACCUGAUGCUCAGUUCAUCAGCUUCCUGCGGAGGCGCCGACGUCUUCAGAAAGCCAUUUUUUCCAUCGACUGUGCGGGUGCCAGCAUGUGUGAGGUGGAGAAAGUGGAAGCAGCUCUCAGACGUGCAGCCGAGGUUCAUCGUAACCAUCCGACUAUCCAACUGAUCAGAACAAACACCGAUGAAAUAGUCUCCUCAUCUGACCGUCCCGAUACAGAGCUGGACGACGAUCAUGAUGAUUCACCAGAAAAUUUGCUUUGCAAACUCCAGAUCAAGCAUUGAUAGCUCUGUGCACCCCUUCGAACCCAGAAGGUAAAUGUGAGUUGUUGUACUGAAGAGACAAGUCCCAUUCAGCAAGAUGAUUCCAAGCAUUUGCAGGGCUUGUUAGAUUUGUGUGGUCCUUAGUUUAAAAUCACAUUGAAGAGACAGAUGAACCACAGAUGAUGCAAUUUAUGUGUGAUCUAUAUUUGUCUCAAUUUUAAUAAGAUAGGCCAUAUAUUUCCUAGAGAGUGAUAUUGAUUGAUUUUGUGUGUGAAGCGUAUUUUUAGUGACAUGGGUCAUGUAUUUCCUUGGAAACGUCCAUGAGAGUUUGUAUGUGAGCUAUAUUUUUAAAUUUUCUUUUCUAAGAUGGAUUGUGUUUUUUUUAAGACAAGGAUGAUAUAAUUUCCUUGAAAAUAAUCAUGAGGGCAUUUGAACUCUA